AUGUCCAACAAUCAUUACCAAAAAGACAACCAACAGUAAUAUCGGCCGAAUAAUCAGUACAACGGAGGUGGUGGUAAUUAAAAUUACGGAAAUAACUAAAAUGGAGGUGGCAACCCUAACUUUAACAACAAUUCUUACAAUAACGGUGGAGGUGGUGGCGGAGGUUAAAUGAAUAACUCUUAUGGCGGAGGUGGCGGAGGAGGCUAAAAUGGUAAUAGUUAUAACGGAGGUGGUGGCUAUUAAAAAGGAAAUUAUUAAAAAGCUCCUUUUUAGAAGAGGGAUAACUUCGGUGCCAAUAACAAUAAUAAUUCAAAUAUGAAUGCUGGAGGCGGUGGACCUGCUGGAGCAGAGAAUACUGAAAAUAAUGUAGCUGCUAAUCCAGGAAGUAAUUUUAACAAUAAUGGAGGGGGAGGAGGCGCUCCAUCUUAUAACAAGCCUUAUGGAGGUGGAAACACUUAUUAGAAAUACCAAGGUGGUGGAGGUGGAUAGAGAUUCUAGCCAAAAGGGGAAGGAGGCUAUAAUGGAGGAGGCGGAGGAAGUGGAUUUAAACCACAAUACUAAGGAGGAGUCAAGAAAUUUGGAAAUUUCAAUAAAGGUGGUGGUAAUUGGUAGUCUAAAUAUCAAAAUAAUAAUAAUAACAAUUACUCUUAAAGUUGCAACAAUGAGAAUGGAGGGGCUGGGACCAACUCAGGCUACAAUAAUGGAGGAGGCUAUCAAAACAAACCCAGAUUUAAUAAUGGAGGCUAGGAUAGACCACCUUACCAGCCAAGGUAGAACAAUUAUUAAAAGCCAGGAGGAGCAGGCCCUAAUGAUUACCAAUAGAAUAAUGGUUAAAACAACUACUAAAACUAGAACAUGCCUCCUUAGGAUUAAUUUAAUAAUGGAUUCAGCAACAAUAACAUGAAUAUGCCAGGUCAAAGACCUUAGUAAUAAGAGGAACUCACUCCUAAGAUCCAAUUUGAAAUCAGUCAGAGAGACUAUUUUUCUAUAAAAUUCUAAAAGUACUUUGAUGCUAGCUGUGUCAACAUAGUCAAGGGCUUCAAGUCAAAGGGUAGAGAUGUGGUUAACUACGAUAGUCAGAGGAAGAUUUGGAACAUUAGAAUCGAGGAAUACGAGUAGGUUUAUGAUUAGAUCACUUCGUAUGUAAGAUCUAACCCUAAAAAUGCGAACGUCGAGCUGAGUGGCAUCCCUAACUUCGUUCUCUAACUGCUUAGAGGGGAGAACCAGCAGGAUAAUCAAUAUGAAAACGGAUCCUCAGAUAAUAGACUAUACCCCUAUCAGAGAUAAGGGAUCAUCGAAGGAAUCAAGCUUCAAGGUAGAUUCCUACUGUUUGAUGAGAUGGGCAUGGGCAAGACUCUCUAAGCUUUGUCAGUGGCACUAGUUUACCAGGAUGAGUGGCCUCUACUGAUAAUAUGCCCAAGCCAACUUAAAGGCUUCUGGAGAGAUUAAUUAAUGCAUUGGAUUCCAGGCAUAAAUAAUAGCGAGAUCAGUAUAGUUAAAAGAGCUGAGAAUAUUUUCGAGUCUGGGAUUCUUAUAGCAAGCUUCAAAGUUGCCACUAAGUUCAGCAAUUAGAUGUAAAAGCGUGGUAUUAGAGUUGCUAUUAUCGAUGAGUGCUAGGAAUUCAAGAGUCUAAAUUCAGACCAGAUCUCUUUAGUAACCAGCAAGAGUUUUAAACUCGCUAUUGUCUUUAAAAAGAUGGCUCGAAAGGUGUCGAGUUUUAUGGAAGCCAGAAUAGUUGAGAGCUAUACUCAACUUUGGAGAACAACAUCCUCCUAAGAAGGUAGAAACGCCAAUUUAUGGGCAAGGAAAUGCCUCCUGUUAUCAAGCAAAGACUCCCAGUCAAGCCAGAUUUCUAAGAGAUUAAAGCCAUCAAAUAGGUGCUAGGCAGAGAUAUUAGAGAAAGUAAGUUCAUAAUUUGCUAACAAUAUAGAACGUGAGUUUUAAAGACUUAUACAGCUUGUCAAGAGCAAAACACAGGGCAGCCACUCUGAGAUCAAUCAUCUAUUCAACAUUAGUGGCUAAUAAAACUUUGAGCACAAUGAAUUAGCUCCUCCGAUGACCUCAUCCCAAGACGAUUAACUGCUGAACAGACUGCUGCAAAUUACAGCCAAAUCCAAAUCUAAGGGCAUUAAAAAGCAUCUCAACCUGAUUAUUGACAAUGACUAAAAGUUCAUAUUCAUGGCUUACCACCAGCAUAUAAUGGAAGAAAUCGAAUAGAUAGUCUAGUAAUACAUCGAGGAAAGCAAAAAUAAGAACGAUAUGAUCUAUGGCUACAUCAAAUUAGACUAGAACACCUCCUAGGAUCUAAGGCAAAUGCGUAUCAGAGACUUUUAAGAGAAUAAGUCAUGUAAAAUAGCCAUUCUUAGCAUGACCAUUGGUUCACUGGCACAGACACUGACUGCAUCAUCCACGAUUAUAUUCACUGAGAUCCACUGGAAUCUAGACUUAAUGAACUAGCCACUAAGGAGAGACAACAACAGUGGAGGAGGGAUGAAUCAUCAGGACAAUGAAAGCUUAAAUGUGCAGUAUCUAUAUGGCAAAGAAACACUUGAUGAUAUCACAUUUAGUGUAUGUUUCCCUGAGCUGAUACAAAACUCAACUGAUUUGCAAGUAUUGAGUCAACCUAAUGAUAAUAAAAGAAUUCAUCCUGAUGGCACAUUAAACUAGCAAUCAAAGCCAAUUGAUGCACGGAAAAGAGAUAUGAAAUUGAAAGACAAACUCACCUACGAUUAAGAAAACGAAUAAGAUAUCAUCAGUGCUAUCAGUGACAUGGACAUGCUCUAGUAAUGCAUCUAAGAGGAUGGUGGAAACCAAACCAUUGGCAAUAACUAUGACUAGAAUAUGAAUAACAACAGAUUCGAAUGCUAUAGUUAGAAUCGAGAAAUGCUUUAGAAGUAAGGUGGGUACUCUAACAGCAGCAACAACAUGAAUGGUUACAGCAAUCAGGGUAAUAUGAUGGGAAAUAAGCGAUAGAUGUACAACUCAGAUGAAAUAGAUAACUACGAUUAGCAUCAACAAUAGUAGCAGUAGCACUUGAAUCAUGGAUCAAUGCCUUUGCAUUCUCAAGAAAAUGAACUGAUUAUUAACUUUCAAGAGAAUAUGGAUCAGUUAAACAUGAAUAUGUGCAUGGAUGGUGGGCUAGAAGGAGAUCAUAACCAGUACUAUGAUGAGAAUAUAUAACCUAACUCUUAGGGUAAUUAUCUUAGAGGCCACUAAAUGAUGGGCAGUCAGCAGAAUCAAGAUGGCUGCGAUGAGUAAAAUCAAUAUAACAUUGACUCAGUUCAAAUGAGAGAAUUUCUAAAUGCUUCUUAAAACGGCUAGAAGAAUGAUGGGUAAGAGCCAGGAGCAUCAGCUGAUAGCACAGCAGCUAAUCAAUCGCAUUCAGAUUAAAAGAACUCAAGCUCAUUCCCCAAGAACCUAGAAAUUGAUAAUAAGGUUGAAUCAUUCUUCAAUAAGUAAAAUGGCAACGAAGGUCAAUCAAACAAAGAUAAGCAAAACAGCAAUAAACCAAGGGAGUUUAAGCCACAGUUCAAGUCAAGCUAGCCACAGCCACUAUAGAAGAAAAAUCCUAUGUAAACCUCUAAUCAAUCCACUGCAAAUACUGUUAAAGGUCUAGAUAGCAGUGGGAUGGCUAUGUCCUUAUCUUAAGAAGGAGGCAACUCUUAGCUGAUGACUUCUGAGGCAAUUCUUAGGAAGAUGUGCGAGGAGGACUAAAAGAUUGAGGAGAUCCUUGAGAAUAUGAAUAAGUUAAUACAAGAAAAUAAAAAAAAGUUUUAACAGUAAUCGAUAUGA